CGCCACAAUCCAUUAAGCUAGCUUGUGCUUCUAACCGGGAUGCAUUAUACUGACGCCGCCUCAUUGCGCACCAACAUCGCUAGUCAACGUGAACUACUGAUUGGCGUGGCGACCCUUUGCCGCCCGCAGGUGCUAGCAGUGCAUACGCUACAUGAAGUAAGCUAAAUCUAACACAAAGCACUUAUAGCAUACCUUGGCUUAUCGAUAACACGAGGACGCGCUGUUUCUGUAGGCAUGACGAUAACUCCUUGCUUUCUUUGCUGCCAAAGACUGUAAGAGCUCGUAUUAUCAUUUGGUAGAACUAUUUGCCUGUCGGCGGAAGGGGAGUUGCUGCCGGCGAAGCAGUCAAGCAGGUCGACCAGAAGGACCGGCGAGUAACAGAUGGACCUCUACAAAGGCGCGGCAGACAACAUGAGUUCUGUAAUCAUCAUGGCGACGCCAUGGCACCAGCGACUGCAGCGCCUGCUCUCAGCAGCGGCGCACUAGGCCCGACUACCGGGUUGGCUGCAGCAGCGGGGCCAGCAGCAAUGGACCCCAGUGCGGCUGACGAGAUCGCUGUGGAAGGCGGCCUGCCGCUGCAGCCGCCGCACCCCCACGCGCAUCUCAUGCACGCGCCACAGCAAGCCCAUAAACGGCUGCGUGCGGACGCACCAGAAGGCGCCGGCACCCACCCCUCGCCCAACGGUGCCAGCAGCGUCGUGGGCGAUGAGUACGGGGCCGGCUUGGCGAAGGGCUUACUUGAAGAUUCCCCAUACCACCACGCUCAUCACCACAGUCAGCAUCAGCAUCAUGGGCGGGGGCAGCUGCCGACAUGGCCGCACCACGCCCUGUCACCAGGCGCGGCCGGCAGCCCGCAGCAGGGACUACCGGGCUUUGCCUCUUCUCACACGGAUUACGCCAUGCUGCCGCCGCCGCUGCACACGCGGCACAGCGGCGCGCCGAGCGAUCAGCCGACGGCCGCCGCUGCAACCAACGCCGGCAGCCUCGCACUCGGAGGCGGCUGUGGGGGCUUUAGUCCAGACGCCUGCACGGCCGUUAGCAUAGCGCACGCCGGCUGCGGCGCCGCUGAUGGCGCCACGCCUGGCGGCAGCUGCAGCGCUGUGGGAGAGGCGGGUUGCGGCGGCACGGGCGAGGCGGGGGCUACCACGUCCCUGCAGACUCUGGCGCGACCGCAAACCGACACGCGUGCAGCAGCAGCAGCAGCAGCAGCAGCAGCAGCAGCAGCGGGGCCGGGUGGGGCCGGCUCCUCCCGUAGCUGUGCCCUGCUGGCACCGGCAUUGCAAGGGCUGCAGGUGCCCUUGCCGCCGGUAACGACGGGACUCCCGGAGCACGUCCAUGCGCAUGCGGCGCGCGGCAGCGGCACCGGUGGCGGCGCCGCACCCGUCGGUGCCGCCGUCGCAGCUGCCUCGACACCCGCGGCAGCAGUAGCGACGGCGACGGUAGCGGCUGCUGCACCACCGCGUGCCAGCUCGACGGCGCUUGGGCCCGGGCCGGCCUGCGGCGCCUCCGGAUUAGCAGCUGGCAGCCCUGCCAAGCACUGCAGCGGCAAGGCUGCCGCGGUAUCGUCGGCCGCGGGCCUGAGUCCAGGGUCUGCUCUCUCUAACAAAUCGGGCGGGUACUUUGACUAUGCGGCAAUGUGGAAGGUGGCCAGCGACGCGCUAGAGGGAGCUCUGCCGGCAGCAGGAUCGCCAGUGUGUGGUGCGGGCGCGGGCUUGCCGGCGCUUGGCUCGGUGCCCUGUCAGCUUAGCAACGUCAUCACAACCGGGAAUAGCAUAGAACGCGGCCUGCAGCUGCUGGUUCCGUCCGGCAGCAGCAAGGGCGUUGGCUUGGGAUCGCCGGCCGCGGCGGCGGCAGGCGCGGGCGAGCGCAGCGGGCGGACACCCGUGCACGGACAGGGGCACGCCCGCAGCGGCUCCGGCAGUGCUGCUGCUGCUGCGGUGGCGGCAACGGUGUCGGGCGAGCACCACCUGCGCCCGACGUCGCGCUGCGUUGGCGCGCUGGCUUCAGCUGGCGGCCGCAACAGCGGCGGCGUCGACGCCGCUAUUGCCGCGGCGGCGGCGCUGCCGCCGCUCACGUUUGACACUUUGCAUCGGCGAAGCGGCAGCGGCGCAGGGGUUGGCUGCGGCGGCGAUGAGGCCGACGCAGCGGCGGCGCUGCUGCGGCUGCCGGGGCCGCCGCUGCGGAGCUUGGGCACCGCGCCUAACGCAGUGACUACGGGUGCCACUCCGUUACCCGGCAUGGGUGUGGAGGCGUACGGCUCCUUGCCAUCGCCCACCCGCGGCGGCACCACACGCCUGAGCUUUGCUGCGGCGGCAUCUGCGCGGGGCCUCCCGCCACCGCUUCCGCUGGGGCAGGGCAAGGGCAGCAGCCAGCAGCCAGGCCUGACACGCCACGCCCAGGGCGCUGGCCCGCCUGAGGUGGUGGUGGCGGUGGUGCCGCCGCCGCACCAGCCGCUGCUGCUGGCGCAGGUGCCGGCGCGGCGGGGCCGGGGGCGGGACGCCACUGCGCAGCGUGCGGCUGCGACCGCUGCCUUGGUCGUUGGGGCUGUUGCAGCGGCGGCCUCCGGCGCUGGCACCCAUGCCCUGCCCGGCAGCGCCGCCAAUGCAGCCGCUGCCGCGCCUGAUGGCGCUGCCGCCGCCAGGGGCACAGGCGGGAGUGACUUGGCGGAUGACGCGAUAAGCUCGUGCGGCUCACGGGACCCCGCAGCUGGCGCCGGCGCGUCUGCUUCGCCGCCUGCGGAGGACGCCCCGCAGUCACCCCCGGAGCGUUCGCACGGGCCGCAGGCGCAGGAGGCGCACGGAGCGCAGGGUCAGCGGCUGCAACAGGCAGAGGAACAGCAAAACCAGCAGCAUGCACAGCAGCCGCACGCACUUCAGCCGCUGUCUUGCGUGUGCCCCACAGCCGCGCCGGACGUGGUCCAUGCCACGCCACGGGGCCAGAUUCCGCCGCUAGCGCACGCGGCGCAGCAGCACCAGCAACAGUCCCAUCUGGGUCAGUUACCGGAGCCGACGCCCAUGCACGCCUUCAGCAGCCUGCAUACGCCCGUGCUCUCGCCCGCCCUCAUCACGCCGUUGACAGGCCUCUCCACCCACGACCCCCACUACUUCACGCACCUCCAAAACCUGCUGCUGUCCUCGCCCUACUCGCCUGCGGCGGCGGCGCUGCUGCAGGCGCCGCCCAGCUGCCACCCGCUCUCCAACCUGCCGUCCACGCACCAGCACCAGCGCUACCACCUGCAACAGCACCAGCAGCCGCAGGCGGACUUGCUCCAGUUGCACCUGCACGCCGCAUCGCAAACGCCGCACUACGCAACAGCUGCGGCCGCGACGACGGCGGAGUCGCCCCAGGAGCAGAGCCAGCAGCCGGAUGGAGCAGCCGCAGCAGCCGCACCCACGCACGGCGACGGCGUCUUCCGGGCGCCAUCGUUGGCCGCCGCUGCUGCCGAGCCGGACGUGGCUGCUGCAGCGCCGCGGGGUGCUGUGGACGUUAUGCUGCAGGAUAAUGAGGGACACCCGCAAAACCAGCAGCAGGCAGCGGCGCCGCCGCUGCGGCGCUCGAGCAGGGGCGGUGCUCGUGCCAAGAUGCGGCAGGAAGCUGCAGCUGCGUCAGCAGCAGCUCCUACGUGCUCCGCUAUGGAUGCCGAGGCAACGGAGCGGGGUGCGCCGACGGCACAGCGCGAGCCAAAGCGCCGGCGCACAAACGAAGAAGCGGCGAUCGGAGCCGUGCCAGCUUCCGGCGCUGCUGCUGCGGCUUCAGAUCGGAGGGCGCAGGCGGCGGUUUCCUCGUCCGCAGGCUUGCAGCGGGCGGCACCACCGCUGCCAGCAGCCGCCGCGGCGCAGGCGCCUCAGCCGCAACCUCCGCUACCCCCAUCGCCUUGGACGAUCGGCUUGUCUCCGCUGCCAGCCCUGCCACCUCUCACGGGCGGCCGGGGUAUGCAGACGCCGCCGGCCGGCGCGUCUGCGGCUGCUGCAGCAGCAACCGCUGGCGGCGGUGCCGCCGCCGCGGAGGCGGCCGGAGGCCACGGCCGCGGGCAGCGCACCCCGCCAAGCGGGCGGUUGACGGCAUCUUACUGGGACGAGGUGGAGCCGACGUACGGCUCGCCCGUACUAGCACCGAUGGUUCUGUCCCCCGUUGCUGCACAGGACCCACGGCAUGCACCGCAGCAGCAGCAGCCGCUACCGCGGGUGGCGGCUUCGCAGCAGGCGGUUCCGCCGCCGCCACCACCGCCGCCGCCACCGCGAUCGACGAUGGGUGGCGCUGUAGUUCAGACCGGCUUCCCCGGCCCGCGCACUGCUUGGGCUCCUCCACAGGCACAGGCGCAGGGUGGGAGGCCACAGGGGGAAGGCGCUGGCGUGAGCGCCGCCGCGGCCCACGGCUCCGCCACCCCGCCACUGCCACCGCCGCCGCCGCAACAGCGUGCCCGGACAGCCUCCCGCGAUGGCGCGGGCUGCAGCGACAGCGGCAGCAGUGACAGCGAGUCCGACACUGAGAGCAGCAGCUCGUCGCGGUCCUCAAAAAGCAGUGACGUCGCCGGCAGUCCGCAGACGGCUCGCGCGGGACAGGCUGCGCCCCGGCCACACGCUGCGUCGAACGGCCAUGACAGCGCCGCCCACCUGCAGCCGCACACACAUCCGCACCCGCAAAGCGGCGCUUCAGGGGGCGCUAGCGGCAGCGGUCACGCACCCGCACCGGCGGCUUCUGCCCAACCGCACCACAACCACCACAGCCACCAUCACAGCCAGCACCACAGCCAGCACAGCCACCCGCCGGCCCCGCUCCUGCCGCCCCACCUGCAGCAGCACCCGCCGCUCAAGGCCUUCAACUCCCACGGCAGCAGCAACCUGGUGGCGCCGCCAGGCCCAGCCCAGCACCCGCCGCCGCCGUACCCUGCCCCUCCUGGUGCAGCACCUCCAGCACCGUCGUACAGCUACGGCUAUGGCGGCGCGGCGUCGUCCACUGGAGGACCCUGGCCAGUGCUGACCCAUGCAGCAGCAGCUCCGCCUGCUGCAGAUUUGGGCGCGCAUUGGCCUCCGCCUCACCCACCGCCGUCACAGCAGCAGCCGGCUCCUCCUGUGCAGCUGCCGCCGGGCGCCUGCGACUGCGAGGCCUGCCGCUCUGUGGCUGCGGCUGCAGCCGUCGCGACGGCAGCCGCAAAUGCAGCUGUGGCGGCGGCGGCCGCGGUCACCACGGCGCCGCCUGCUCAUCACGGCGGCUAUCCGCCGCAGUACCACGACGCUGCAGGCGGUGGCGCUUAUUCGCAGCCGCACUAUACCGACGCUCCCGGUGCCGUUUACGGCGGCAGUGGUGGCGGCAGCUUCCCGGCGCCGCGGUGCGCUUGCCCAGGCUGCCUGGCUGCCGCGCGCGGCAGCAGCGGCGGCGGCGCGCCACCGCUGCCUCCUGCCCACACCCACGCGCCAGCAGCCGCACCGCCGUCCUAUGGCGCUCCUCUGUACCCUCCUCACUACCCGCAGCCACAGACGUCCUACGGCUCGGGCCCGCUCCACAGCGCAGGCGUGCCGGCCCUGCAGCACCCGUACGCGCCCCCGCCGCGGCUGCCGUCUGCUUCGGCUGCGCCGCCGCCGCCACCGGCCGCACCGCCCAGCUCCGCCGCGGCACUUGCGCCCUCCCCGGCUCUCAUCGCCUCGCUGCCGCCGGCCCUCGCCGCCUACUUCGCCUGCCCCUGCGAGCAGUGCAGGCGUGGCGCAGCGGCAGCCCUGGCAGUCCUGGCAGCCUACAGCGGCCCGCAGGGACCCGCACCACCCACCGCAUCUCAGGGACCGCCUGUCAACAUGCCGCCACCACAGCAGCCACACCAUGCGUACACGGUGGUGGCGGCGCCGCCGCCCCAGCCCUGCCAGUCGACUGCUGCGUCUCCUGUUGCCCGGCCGCCCCACUACCAGCGGCCGCCGUCGGGCGGCGGCGCCUCCUCGGCCAGCAUGGGCGCCAGCCAUGCGGUCGCUGCAGGGCCGGCUGGCCAACCGGUGGCACACGCCAUGUACGCGCAUCUGGCAUCAAUGCCGGGCCGGCCCGGCAGCGCGCCCAGUGGUGGUGCCGCGCCGCCGCCGCCGCAGGCGUACCUUGGCGUGCCGCCAGGCUACGCGCCGCCUAACCAUCCAGGACCGGGAGGCCCUGUUUCUGCAGCGCCCUAUCCGCUUGGCCAACAGCCGGGCAGCUCUUACGGCUCUGCCGCGGCUGCAGCCGCGGCGGCAGCUGCAGCAGCCUGCCCCUGCCCGGCGUGCAUUGCGGCGGCGGCAGCUGCGAAGGCGGCGGCGGCCGCGCACGAGCAGUGCGGUCCACCUAGGGCGCCGCCGGCAGCCCGCACCUCGGCGACGGGCCCGCCGGAAGUUGCUGGACCGACAGUCUCCAAUUCUACCGUAGGAGCAGCAGGCGGAUACGGUCACCCAGUGUUCCCUUCUCCCUCCGCACCAGCGCCGAUGCCGGCACCGCACGCUCCUCCUGUGCAGCAACCCGCGGUGGCACACCAGCAGCAGCAGCAGCAAUGCGACGGCUAUGCGAGUGCAUACGGCGAGCCGCGUGUGGCGCCGCGCUCCAGCGUGACCGCGGUAGCGGCAGUGGCUGGCGCCGACCAGGUGCCAGGCUCCGGAGCCGGUGUGGUGCGCGGUGGCGGCGGGCCUGGCGCAGCGGCGCCCGCAGUGGCGUACGUGGAUGACGAGGCAAUGUGGGCUGACGAUCCUCUCGUGUCUUGGUCGCGAGGCAAGGGAGGGCCGCUGCAGCAGGCCGGCGCGAGGCCACCCAACUAAUCCCACCGCCAUAUGGUGCUUCGCUGGCGCCGGCCUAGGGCGCCGCACGGCUGGGACCCGGCAAUGGCUCCGAGUAGGCACCUGGGAGGGUGGUGCAGGGUGGCGAGGGGGGGCGGCUAGAGCUUACUACACCUACUAACGACAGCUGGGCAGAGAAUAGAGAGAGAGGCGGGGCAGGUGGGCCAGCCGGUCCGGAUGACAACCAUGGUGGGGCAGGGAGGGCGUUCGGGUCGUCGUAGCCAGCAGCAAGCUGCGGCAUAAACGCACGCGGGUGAUUCGCAGCAUGCAACGGGGCGAGGACCCCGGAGGACUCCGGGGCACAGUGUACAUUUUAACAACAGUGACAGUGACAGGCUUGACGCCUGGUAUGCGCGCGUGUAUGUGUAUGUACGUCUGGACAAGUGAAUGUACGUCUGGACAAGUGAAUGUUACGGGCAUAGCGAGUUUUGGAGUAUUUAUCUACACAGUGGCAUGCAAGUGCCAGCGCAGCAGGGCGCUAUCGUGCGGCGCUGCGGAAGCCCCACGGCGCGGUACGGGAUUGUGACUUUAGCGACAGUCGCAUUCAUGGAAAGCCACGGGGCUGGCCAGCUCAUAACUUUAGAUAUAGGCAUGUGUGUGCUUUUGGCAACGAUAGACAGGGUUAUCAGCUUGGAACGCGCGCACGCAGGACACUAGCGGGGCGGGCUGAUUAGGGGUGUGUGCAUGUUCGGGGCAUAGGCACCCACAGUGGCGCGUGCAUUGACGCAACGUUAACCACGCUGUGCCCUUUUUGUUUGGUCGGCGCGCGCUUGCCUUGAUCGUUACUUACGGGGAUUUCUUACCGCUUGAGCUCUUGCUUUCUAAUUGAUGACGCUAGCGCUUUCACUUUUGUUUGUCCUGGAGUAGCUUUGGUAUCGCAGUGUGUAUGCAACACGGGCACGUCUGAGUACGUCGGCAUUGGCCCUAGGAUUUGGGGAGCCAGAGCAGUUGGCGUAAACGCUGGUAUGUGCUGUAAUGAUUGGGCAUU